UUCCGUUACCUCGUUGGUUCGAUCCUUUCCUAGUGCCCGUCAGUGGUCCAACGUGGUCCGCAAAAAUGGCACUUUAUAAUUUUAAGAAGAUUAUGGUGGUUCCCACCUCAAAGGAAUUCAUUGACAUUACUUUAUCAAAGACCCAAAGAAAGACACCUACCGUAAUACACAAACAUUAUCAAAUUCACCGUAUCCGGCAUUUUUACAUGCGCAAGGUGAAAUUCACCCAGCAGAACUAUCAUGAUCGGCUUUCACAGAUUCUGACAGACUUCCCCAAGUUGGACGAUAUCCAUCCAUUUUAUGCUGAUUUAAUGAAUGUCUUGUAUGACAAAGACCAUUACAAGCUGGCUUUGGGACAGAUCAACAUAGCAAAGAAUUUGAUUGACAAUGUUUCCAAAGAUUAUGUUAGACUGAUGAAGUAUGGGGAUUCCCUGUACCGCUGUAAACAGCUUAAGCGAGCUGCUCUCGGUCGCAUGUGCACCAUCAUGAAACGACAGAAGCAAAGCUUGGAAUACCUGGAACAAGUGCGUCAGCAUCUAUCCCGCUUACCAACGAUUGAUCCAAACACUCGGACUCUAUUGCUUUGUGGAUAUCCCAAUGUGGGCAAGUCAAGUUUCAUUAACAAGGUCACCAGAGCAGAUGUUGAAGUCCAGCCCUACGCCUUCACCACCAAGUCCUUGUUUGUCGGCCACAUGGAUUACAAGUACCUCCGUUGGCAGGUGGUUGACACCCCUGGGAUCUUGGACCACCCUUUGGAGGAGAGGAACACCAUUGAGAUGCAGGCCAUCACAGCGCUGGCCCACCUGCGAUCAGCCGUGCUGUACGUGAUGGACCUCUCUGAGCAGUGUGGCCACACCCUGAAGCAACAGCUGGAGCUGUUCAACAACAUCCGACCCCUUUUUGCCAACAAGCCUUUGCUUGUUGUGGCAAAUAAGUGUGACAUCAAGAAGAUAAGUGAACUCACCGAGGAGGACAAGAAAAUCUUUGCAGACCUUACUGCCGAGGACAUUCCUGUCAUAGAAACCAGCACUUUGACUGAAGAGGGUGUGAUGAUGGUGAAGACAGAGGCCUGUGACAAACUUCUGGCUGCCCGAGUCGACUCCAAAAUGAAGGGCAAAAAGGUCCACGAUGUGCUCAACAGAUUGCAUUUAGCAAUGCCAGCUAAGAGGGAUGACAAGCCAAGACCACCAUUCAUUCCAGAAGGCGCUAAGGUUGGCAGGAAGACGAUGGAGGUGGAUGCACCUAAACGCAAAACGGAGAGAGAUCUGGAGAUGGAGAUGGGAGAUGAUUAUGUCCUUGACCUCCAGAAAUAUUGGGAUCUGAUGAAUCAAGAUGAGAAGCAUGACGUGAUUCCUGAAAUAUGGGAAGGUCACAACAUUGCAGAUUAUAUUGACCCUGAAAUCAUGAAGAACCUGGAGGAUCUGGAGAAAGAGGAGGAGCUGAAGGUGAAGGCCGGUGAGUAUGAGUCAGAAGAGGAGAGCGAGGACGAGGAGAUGCAGGAGAUCCGCCAACUGGCCAAACAGAUCAGAGAGAAGAGGAAGAUGAAGAUAGUCUGCUCCAAAGAAAAGGACGUGCAUGGCCCCAGAAUGCCCAGAACUGUCAAAAAGGUUGAAAGGAAAACAUUGGAGAAAGAAAUGGGAGGCCUUGGCCUGGACAUGACCGGCAAAGAUGCUAGCCACUACGCUGUCAACGCCCGUAGAUCACGGAGUGUCACCGUUUUGAAGAAGCGCAAGCGCGAGGCGUCCGUGGCUCCCACCUCCAGGACCCGCAGUCAGAGUGCCUCUCGUCCCCCACGUGACCAGUCUGGCGUUCGGGAUCCUAAGAUGGCAAAGAAAGCCAAGAAGUUGAUGAAGAGCCAGCAGAAGGACAUGAACCGCCAGGGAAAGAAGGGGGAGGCAGAUAGACAUGUAUUCGACCUCAAACCUAAACAUCUUUUCUCUGGCAAGAGGAAGUCUGGCACCAACGAUCACAGAUAAAGACCUUGAUCGAUUCAACCUUUUUUCCGACUAUAGUCCAGAUUCUGUUUGAAUUGUAUACCUGUUCUCUGGAGUAAAACUGAACAAAAUGUCUCCUGAGUUAUUGAGUAAUGUAGGAUUGCUAUACCUGGUUUUGAAAAGAAACUGCGCUGUGAAGCCCAAACUUGGAAGUCCACGACAGAAGUAUCAGAAAAGCAACAAGGAAUUUGGGUAUUUGAGUCACUCUAUAAAAAUACAUUUCCUGGACAGUCCUUAGUUAUGCUGUUUGAACUUCUAUAACUAGGGAAACCCUUAAGCUUUUCAAAGAACCCUUUAAAUGCUUAAUUCAGAGAGCUUCCAAUUGUUGUGCCUGCCCUUUGUGGUGUAUUUAAAGCUCAGUUUAAGGAAAGGAAUACUGUUUUGUAAUCUGUCUAUGGAAUGUCUUGCCUUUGGUAAUGUAAUAAACAAAUACUUCCCUGGUAUCGCUCAAAACUGAAUAAUACCCUACAGUCCCCUCAUCAAUCUUUUCUUCUGCAGUGUACACUGAAGUUGGGGAACCCAUUAAAUAGAAAACUGAA